GGCUCUCAACUCCACUCCACGACUGAAGGAGAAGCUGAGGAAGAAGGGAACAAUCACGCUGUUGUACCGCAGCACCACCACCUCCGACACCCCUCCUCCUCUGCCACAUAGCUGAAGCCAGCGUCGGUGCAGGCGUUCACCGGCUUACUUGGCAACCAACUUCAUGAUUACUUCGACCUCCAGCCGGCGGUGUCCUUAUUCGUGCUAGCAAAGGGAAUGCUAGCGGAAUGCUGCCCAGGUAGGUGCGACUCCUGUUGGUGUAACCCCUGUCGAAGUUGGACCAGUAGUUUGUUUUAAUGUGUACAGAGUUCAACCUGUUUUUUUUUUUUCUGAAGCUGUGCAGCUAAGUUAACCCUCAAAUUCCUUGGAGCUGUCAGACCAGCUCCAGCCAGCUGAGCCCAAACACUCCCAUGACGUUAACGCUAACACAACUUUGCUAACGUUAGCUAAAUAAGUUAGCUACAUUAAUACCAGCAACUUAUUAUUACACAACAGCUCAUCAUGACGCUCUGACGUUAAACAUAGACCGCGGCCGAAAUUGUGGACAACUGCUGUCACGACAUUGUUUUCUGAUGUAAGUUAAUAGCGUCAAGAUAACUUUGAUCCAUUUUAAGAUUACUUCCGAAACAUUUUGAUCAGCUUUGAUAUGGGAGUUGUAGUUUUCUUCAGGUGUUAUGUAUUCUUGCUCGAUCGUGUGACAGCGGUUCCCUGGUUGAAUGUACUUUUAGUGGUCACGUGACAUCAUACAGUUUUGUUUUAAAAACAACAACAACGCAGUUUAAAUGAGUUUCAUUGACUGUCAUACUCACUCAAAAACAUAUAUUUAAUGUGUUGCUAACAGAUAGUUUGACAUAAAGUUAUGUGACUUUUUUCUUACAUUUUUUUUCAGUAGAAACACGUUGAGAAUAAACUAAGAAUGUUUCCGAAACAGGUGUCUAUUAGUGCAGAAAGCCAUUAAGCUAAGGUGUUUAAAAAAAAAACUCGGCCUGUGGAAAUUCAGCGCUACAGAACUACAUUUCCCAUGAACCAAGUGCCCCUCCAGUAGUGCAGUUCUUUUCGCGCAUGCGCACCAGGGGUAAUUGGAUAUCAAGUGGGCCAAAACAGCGUGUGAUAAAAUGGUAGCACAAGUUGAAGUCUUCGCAGAAGGACAAGGUUCGGCAGUUCAUGUCCUUCACACAGGCCGGGGAGAGGACAGCCGUGUACUGCCUGACGCAGAAUGACUGGAAACUAGAGGUCGCCACAGACAACUACUUCCAGAAUCCAGACCUCUACUACAAGGAAUCCAUGAAAACCACAGUGGACCGCAAGAAGCUGGACCAGCUCUACAACAGAUACAAAGACCCCCAGGAUGAGAACAAGAUAGGCAUUGACGGGAUCCAGCAGUUCUGCGAUGACCUGACGCUGGACCCGGCUAGCAUGAGCAUACUUGUGGUGGCGUGGAAGUUCCGAGCGGCCACGCAGUGCGAGUUCAGCAGGAAAGAGUUCAUGGACGGCAUGGCUGAGCUAGGCUGUGACAGUCCUGAGAAACUCAAGGCGAUCCUUCCCAGACUAGAGCAGGACCUGAAAGACACAGGGAAGUUUAAAGACUUCUACCAGUUUACCUUUAAUUUUGCCAAGAACCCCGGCCAGAAAGGUUUAGACCUCGAGAUGGCCGUUGCUUACUGGAAUCUAGUUCUCACAGGUCGCUUCAAGUUUUUGGAUCUCUGGAACCGCUUCCUGCUGGAGCAUCACAAGCGCUCGAUUCCCAAGGACACGUGGAACCUCCUCCUGGACUUCGGCAACAUGAUCACAGACGACAUGUCAAACUAUGAUGAGGAAGGGGCAUGGCCUGUCCUCAUAGAUGACUUUGUGGAGUUUGCUCGGCCGAUUGUGACGAGUAAGCGCAACAUAACAUAGUGUUUGCCCCGGCGUCGUGCAGCGAACGGAGUUUGUGUUUAUCCCGAUUUUCUUCUUUUUUUGAAUGAGGAUUUUUAUACAAAUGAGCCAAAAAAAGAGAGUACUUCUCAAUCAGCCUGUCUGCAGCUUGUCGGUAAGAUUGAUCUUUCAACUGCAUAAGAUGCCUUGACUGGGGUGUGACCUGAGACACCAGCCCAGAGAGGAGAGCAGGAGGGGAAUCAACAGGAGGGAGAUCGUCAUUUUUUCUGUUUGUUUGGCAAAGGACAGACUUUUGAAACUGCAAUAUGGAAAUGAUAGGUCGCCCAUCGCCCAUGGCUGUGGCUUCAAAACUGCUGCUGCUGCGGACUUGGCUCACUAACCUGCGCCCUCGGCACAUGUGAGGAGGGACGGUAACGGUGAACUCUCGACACACGCGGAGGAUUAAGUUAUAGAUGCAGUAGGAUGUGGCCUCUUACAUCGUCCUUUGUGAAUGGAACAGUGUGUUUUUAAAAUCUGCAUGUUUCCGUCAGCUAGCGUGAAGCAGUGCCGUGGACGUCGAGGGGAGGGGUGCUCUACGUUAUUUUCACUGAGAUCAUGAAUGUGUUGCUCUCUAACAAUCACACCGAGAGCAGAGAAGACGUGUGUGUGUGUGUGUGUGUGCGCGCGCGUGUGCGCGUGUGUGUGUGUGUGUGUGUGUGCGCGCGUGUGUGUUUUAGGGUUGGGGUUAAACAUAUUGCCUCUUUUACAAUACAAUGCUAAAUAUUUUCAUUUGGUUUGAUUAUAACUAGAGCGUAAUAAAUUAUGAUUCACCUUAACUGAGCCACGGUGGGAACAAGUUCAGCUCCACAUCUUGUACUCUCACUGAGGCCUGGACAGAGCGGCAUGCUUUUCUAGCUCAGCACCAGCAGAAUCACUGUUGUUACAGCGGUAACGCGCUGAACCCAUAGGAGUAAGAAUAGAUUCAGCUUUAGAGGAACAAAUGUAUAUCUGAGAAAACAGGUAACGGCAUUUAGAAUCAUGAUUAGUACAUAAAGAAGCUUUUAGGAUCCUCACCUUUUAAAACUCUUCUGCUAUUUGGAUGACUUUAGUUUCACAGUGUGUGAACUGCUGUACACAACUGACCGACUGUUUUCUAUCAUCCAGGUGAUUUGCCGACUCUGCCAACUGCGCUGAUUUACACUUUUUCUGUUGUAGGUUUUCUUUUAUCAGGCGGCACUGAGCUGCAGAGCUGGUCGGAUCACUUGGACGUAAGGUUUCACAUACACACUAGACUGAAAGGAACAUCUGCAUCCCAGCUACGAUUAUUUUUGAAUCAUUAUUUUGAAUUAUUUUGUUUACACUGUUUGAGGUUUAGGUCUGUUGCUUUCCAUGGAUUAGCACCACAGCACUACUAAAGAGGAAAAAGAAAACAUGUCACUUUGAGAACCACACCUGUGCUGCCAUCUAGGGGUGCAGUGCUUCUCCUUCACACAAGAUUUAGUGUUGCUCUUCAAGUGUAGUUCUAAACACUAAAUGCAUCCCGCUUUCUUGGCUAGCGAGUGUGUGACAGAAGGCAGCGCUCAGGUACCAGUCUUCCUCUCCCGGUCACCGUGAGCAACAGGCAGCUCCCUGCACUUGCAUCAGUGUUUGCCAUCUUAACUAUGCCAACUUGUUUUGCCAAUUGUUGUCACCAUGAUAAGACAUUUGCCAUGUGUUGAAAUAAGGAUGGAUUAUUUCCCUGCAUCAAAUAUCUCAUUCAACUACAGGGGAAAUAUUGCCUUUUUGUUUUCCUUAAAUUGACAAAUGUGUGUUUCUAAGUUUUCAUAUUUAUGUAAGCGGAGGUCAGUCAUAAACUGGUGGUGGUGUGCAUGAAGUAGACUUCUCAGAAGUUUAAGGCAAAUCAGGAUGAUUAUGAUUUCAGUCAAAGACACCAGCUUCAUCACGACUGUCAAACAGUCACUAGUAGCAGCCGGUGUCGUAUUCAUCUUUGUAACUAGUGAAGUUAGAUACGUGUUGGUGGAAUGAAAUAUCCAAUGUGACUUUCUGGCUGUCGAAGUUGUGCACAAACUUUUCUCGGUCACGACGGUGCGAAAGCUUUUCCCACUUGAUCGUUGUUGACUUCAUCAUCUGACGUCGUCUGUGGUUCAGGAGCGAGAAUAACGUGACGUCUCUCAGUAUUCAGUUCGCUAAUAUGGUACAUUUGGUACGUUUCUAUUUGUCAAAUGUGUGGUCAACUGUUUCAAGUCAUGCAGAUCAUUCUUAUCAAAACAGUAUUAUUUUUGCCGGCAAGAAAACAGGUAUUUACAGAAUGUUAUGUUUUGUCACAGAAGCAUACCGUACAUGUUGUCAAUAAAGCAUGUUGUUUUUGA